GCAUUGAUUCAUACGAAGCAAAGCAUCACAUUAUAAACCAAUAUGUCGAGACCUGAAGAGCUUGCUCCACCAGAAGUUUUCUAUAAUGAUACUGAAUCAUUCAAAUACACAUCGUCUACUCGUGUGCAGCAUAUUCAAGCCAAGAUGACCUUGCGAGCCUUGGAGCUCCUCAAUCUAGAGCCAGACACACCCCACUUCAUAUUGGAUCUUGGGUGUGGAUCCGGUCUCUCCGGAGAGAUAUUGACUGAAGAAGGAUAUAACUGGGUCGGGUUAGAUAUAUCACCUAGCAUGUUGGCCACGGGGUUAGACCGUGACGUGGAAGGAGACUUGUUUCUUGCUGAUUUAGGUAAUGGGGUUCCAUUCCGUGCUGGGACUUUUGAUGCUGCGAUUUCCAUUUCUGCCAUUCAAUGGUUAUGUAAUGCCGAUACUGCUGGAGUUGACCCUAAGAAGAGAUUAUUGACAUUUUUCAAUACGUUAUAUGCCAGUUUGAAAAGAGGAGGGAAGUUCGUGGCACAAUUUUACCCUAUGAAUGAUUCGCAAACUGAAUCGAUUAUGGGUGCUGCUAAGGUUGCUGGUUUCGGAGGUGGGUUGGUCAUUGAUGAUCCUGAAUCAAAGAGACAUAAGAAGUACUAUUUAGUCUUGACGGCCGGUAUGUCUGAUCGUCAAAUCAACUUGGCUGGUGCUGAAAUGGAUGCUCCUCAACAAACCGACAGAAAGAUGAAUAAGAAGUUAAAGAGGAAAUUGGAGAACAAGAAGGAGUUUAUUAAUAGAAAGAAGGAAACUAUGAGGAGAAGAGGGAAGAAAGUUGCCGAAGAUUCCAAAUUCACAGGCAGAAAAAGACGCCCUCGUUUCUAGAUUAUCCUUUUUUUUUGUCACGCAUUAUGUACAUUACUUUCAUUGUAGAUUAGAAUGUUGAUAUACAAAUAGUCAUAUUAU